CCAUUCCCCCUCUCCUGCAGGUGGAUUAUGCUGUAAUUGCCUCCCAAGCCGGAGCUACUCUAAACAACCUGAUGAGCCACGCUCAGGAGCUGGUGGGCAAGCUGCGCUCCCUGCAGCUGGACCAGAGGGAGUUCGUCUGCCUCAAGUUCCUGGUGCUGUUCAGCUUGGACGUGAAGAACCUGGAGAACUUCCACCUGGUGGAGAGCGUCCAGGAGCAGGUGAACGCGGUGCUGCUGGACUACGUUAUGUGCAACUACCCCCAGCAGACAGACAGGUUUGGCCAGCUGCUCCUGCGGCUGCCUGAGAUCCGGGCCAUCAGCCUCCAGGCCGAGGAGUACCUCUACUACAAGCACCUGAACGGAGACGUGCCCUGCAACAACCUGCUUAUCGAGAUGCUACACGCCAAGAGAGCCUGAUGAGACUGCAGAUGGGAUCCUGAUCAUUUGGCUGUUUUGUUGGUUCGGACCAAGUCCUUACCUGCAGAACAGAAACCGACCCAGAACAGACUCCUCCCAUGUUAAAGUUAGACUUAGUGAUUCUGGGGCAGGAGGCAUCCGUCCUUCUCAUUUAUCGUAAAGACAUGCAGAAAUGGACACCCACACUUCCACAUGCUGUGCACACACAUACACACACACACACACGCGAGCACACACAUACAAACACAUUUAGGCACACACUCACACACACACACGCGUUCAAAUGCAUACAAUAUGCAUAUAUAUUACACACACACACACACACAUCCCUUCACUCUAAGACAGAUGCGUCUGGAGCUCUGGGUAAAUCUUCCAGAGACGGAGAGAAACAGCUGAAAUGCUUGAGAACUGUCCAUUUGUCUCAUGGGACAUGGAAGAUACCUUUUGUCUGUUUUUAAUAAAAACACAAACCAUCAAGGUGAUACAAGGACCAACGGACUGUAACUGAAGGAACAAAACCAAUGAGUAUUCUAAACCUCUCACACUGUUAAAGGGUUUUGAGCAACGACGAGAGAGAGAGAGAGAGAGCCAACCACCUUAUGAUCACAGACCCUAUGAUGUCUGUGGUGAGGGCUUCAAAGGGGAGCAGGGAUUUUGGCUGAAGGAAUUUAGAGCACUCUUUUUUUAGACUGGCCCAUGGUUGGCAGGGUUGGUAAUGUAUUGGGCUGUAUUGGGUACUGUAUUGGGCAGCCCAGAGCAGCCUGUCAGCUGGGCAAGAGUCUCUUUUCGUCACCUGGUUCAAAGACACACAGUCUGCAUGGCUAAUAGGCCAGACAGACAGACAGACAGCAAUAGAAAACAGCUGAAAAGGUCAGACCCUGACAGAGACUCAUAUGAUGGUCAGUAAGUAUUUUUUGAUCCCUCGUUAAAAAAAUAAAAAUAAAAAAACCACAAAGAACAAAAUGUAUGAAAACUUGACAGAACAAAAAAAGAUAAGAUAUAAAAAAACAUUUUAGAAAAUGGCAGUUAUUUCCUCCUCUUGGUCAUUGAUGCUCCUCUUUGUAACCACCCUAUAAUCUCCCUCCAACCUUCCCAAAACGGUUCUUUACAUAAGUAAAACACAUUUUACACACCAUAGAUAAGUAAUUAGAAAAUAAUUUUAUGGUUGUACCCCCCAGGAGGAGAAACUCUGCCUUUUGUCUGAACAGACCAAAGCUUGCUGCAGAACAUCAAACAAAAAUGUAACAAAACCUUAACUAUCAGUAUUAUAAAUUUGUGAUGUCACAGUCAUGUGAGUCUUGCCUUAUUUCAUUACCAUGCUAGCUAACCGUGCAGAUGUGAAUGAAAUUAUGUACAAAUAUAUAUAAAGUAUUAAAGGUUAUAUACAUUUUAAAAAUUCAAUAAUUCAAGAUGUGUUUACGUUCAAGCUGUCCCGUGGAAGAGAACUGUGAGGAAGUAAAUUGCAAAGCAAUGAUUUACAGAAAAAAACAAAAAACACAAAAUAGAUUCUGGUGUGCUUUCUUUGGUGUGUACAGUGUUAUACCGUUUAUUUCUAGUUGUUUCUUUAACCAGUACUUAAUUAUGUUGUGAGACACAAAAAAUCAGAAAGGAAUCUCACUUAAAAUGUCAUUUCUAACAGUUUUUUUCUGUUGGCAUUCAAAUGUUUUUGCAUACUGUGUAAGAGUUUCGGGCACUUGUUUUUUGUUGAACUUUUUAAAAUUAUUUUUCAAUGUUCUACCUUUCGGUAUAUGUCACUGGUUACGCUUAAAAAUGAAAAUAACUUAUUGCAUCUUGGUUUUGUCCUUUUGUGUGUUAUAAGCACAAGGCGACAAAUCCAAAUAUAUUUGUUUAGUGUUGCAUGUUAUGUUUUUUUACUUAUUAUCGAUGCAGUUCAGGAACAAAACAAUGAUCUUCAUAAUGAUCUCCGUAAUUUAGUUUUUAUUAAUUGUCUAUUAGGAGUCUGAGCUUUAAAUUAGAAAAAAUACACACCUCUCCAAAUAUAUUUGGACAGUGAAGCGAAAAUGUAAAAUGUGUCUUUUUACUCCAUCAUUCUUUUAUACUAAAACAAUUGCUCAGAGAAAUAUAUUUUGUCUAACAAUUAAUAAUACAUUGUUUUAUAAAAAAACUAGGGGUCAAAAUUAUCUUGAUCAAAAAGGUACCAAUAAUGAUGGACCUGACUGUAUGAAAAUACCCUCAAAUAAAAGCUGACUGUUCUGUCGCCUUACAUUAAACAUUUUAUCUAAAAUCUAAAAGGCUGGAGUAUUGAUACAAAUUUUAAAAUGUAGCUUCAUUGUCUCAAUAAAUAUGUAGGGGAGUGUAAUUAUUGUAUUUAAGUUAAUGGGUAUGACUGACACUGUCCUUGCAUCAGUUGUUUCGUAUUGAAUUUCAACUAGCUUCACAUUUCUGUGCCGUUUGUUCUAUACCAAAGACGGCAUUGGUCCCGUGAGCUGUGCUUACCUGUGAUGUGUUGUAACUGAACGAACAAACAGCUUUUCCCCCCAGCCGUCCAGAUGUUUGAGCUGUGGUUACCUGUGAUGUGUCGCAAUUGAACGAACAAACAGAUUUUCCCCCCAGCCGUCCAGAAGUUUGAGCCGUGGUUACCUGUGAUGUGUCGUAACUGAACAAACAGUUUUCCCCCCCCCCAGCCUACCUGAAGUUUGGCAUUUUGUAAUGUCAGUUUGUAGAAUUAUAUUACUGUUGUCUUACACACUUUUACCAAACACUGACUUCAUAAGGUCCCCAAUCAUUUGUGAUACACACAAACCUGUCAAGUAUAUAUUGUAUAUGAUCGUCUGCAUUUAAGUCAUCGAUGUCAAAAUCGAUCAAGUCUUUUUAACGAUGCACUAUGGUGAAAAACAAAAACACUGAUAUUGAAAAACAACACUCAAAUAUACAUUUAUUUUAAUGUUUUUAUUUUUAUAUUUGUUUUGGCAUGAAUCUGCUUCCAUAAUUAACUGUGUGUAUUGAUUGACCAUCUCUAUCAGUCCAUUCUCAUUCUGCGGGUUCUGGUAAAGUUCUGCAGCUGCCUUGGAUGUCCUCAAACACACGCACCACUCUUGAACGUGCUGACCCUCUACUUGUCUAUGACCCCCCCCCCCCCCCCCCCCCCCACCGCGCUGCCAUACUGCCACCCUUUCAUGUCACUUCCUGGUCUGGGGAGUUCUUUCAAAGCUGAUGGACUUUUUCCUCAUAUUUCAAUAAAUAAUUAUAUGCCAACAAC